AUGGCCCGAUCAAUGCCUGGUUACUCUCUGUUGGUCUAUCUUCUCUACUUUGUCUUGUUUCAUGCUGUGUUUGCACAGGGACCUGCUUUUCCUCAGCCUGCAUUCCCACAGCCGGCGUUUCCUCAGCCUGCAUUGCGACAGCCAGCAUUUCCGCAGCCUGCUGCUCCUCAACCUGCUUUUCCUCAGCCAGCCUUUCCUCAGCCUGGAGCUCUUCAGCCUGCAUUCCCACAGCCAGCAUUUCCGCAGCCUCCAGCUCCUCAGCCUGCUUUCCCUCAACCUGCAGCUCCUCAACCUGCAUUCCCGCAGCCAGCCUUUCCUCAGCCAGCAUUCCCUCAGCCAGCAGCACCCCAACCUGCAUUCCCUCAACCAGCAGCGCCCCAACCGGCGACCCCGCAGCCCGCACCCGCCCAGCCAGGUGGUAGCGGCACCCCAGCCUCAGGCUCAGGCUCUACACCUUCUUACGAGGUAGUCGACACACCCAGCUGCCCCAAAAAUCACGACAAAGUCUACGUCGCGCCCGACGGGAGCUGGUUCCGCCUGCAGUGCGACUUCCACGGCUGGUACGCGCCGGCAACGCACAUCGAGGCAGCAAGCUACCACGAAUGCCUCAACAAAUGCAGCGAAGUCGAGGGCUGCGGCGCGAUCGUGUGGGACCACUUGAACGGGAAGACGUGCUCGCUCAUGUUUGGCGCCGGCGUCGUCUCGAAGGCCGGGGAUACGCCAUGCCCGAACCAUGAUUAUGCGUACUUGAUUGAUCCGCCGACCGCGGAGCAGCAGGAUGAUAUGAUUAUUCUCUGUUCGGGGCAGUGUCCGUGGGCGCAGGGGCAGCAUCUGCCGACGGCGUUUGGGAGGGUGUUUCGAGCGACGUGUGGAAUGCGCCAUGGGACGGCGUACAUUGCGCCGCCGCUUACCAAGGAGACGCUGAAGGAGUGUGUUGAUGCCUGUGCGGCGGUGCUGGCGUGUCACAGUGUCGAUUACCAUGAGAGGAACCGGAGGUGCUACCUCUCCAACCACCAGGGCGAGCCGACGAUUCCUGCCGCGGGCUUCAGCAGCGCGUAUGAUGUUGGAUGUGCCGGCGGCUGCAGCGGAGCUGGGGGUGGAUGCUGCGGGGGAACGAACAUGAACAGCGGGGAGCCGUUGAUCCCAUACUGCCCUACGCGACCUGGGCGCAUCUUCGAGGCGAACGGAGUUCGCUUCCGGAUUAUCUGCGACAUGGCAUAUGUAUCGUCAACGGUCAAGCCCAUUCCGGGCGUGAAGGGGCCAGAGGAGUGCGCGUCUCUCUGUGCGGAUGACUCGACGUGCCAGGGCGCCAACUGGCACUUUGCUCAGGAAUACUGCUCGCAUCACUUUGUGUAUAGUGGGCAGCCGCCGCCGACUGCGAGUCCCGGGUUCGUUACGUUUAGGCCGCUGCAGGAGCGGAAGUGA